AUGGGAGCUUGUCAAACUUCUAGACAAAGAAGACCAAGCAAGGUUUGGAGUGAAAAUGAAAAACAUUAGUCACAUAAAUUAGAAUUCACUUGUUAACGGUUGUCACUAUAUUUAGAUUUGGUUGGAGACACUCAUUCUUUAGGUGGAUACUUGUAAGAAAGAAUUCAAACAUUAUUUUAAAUAAAGCAAAAACUAAAUAUUGUGACAAGUUAAUUUGGCAAAAUGGAAUUACUACAUGAAGCAUCUGAAAUUAUCGAAUACUUAUACAAUGAUAAACACUUUAGUUAAGCAUUCCCUAUUUUAAGGGAGAGUCUCUUGGAAAUCACAUAAUUGACAUUUGUCACAGAGUGA